AUGGACGGUGAAACGCAGGAGUUUUUUGUCUCUUUUGUGUAUGCGGCUAACGCUGCAGAGGAACGAAAAAUGCUGUGGGAGGACUUGAAAGCUCACCAAGACUCGCCUAUGUUUAGAAAUAAACCAUGGAUGGUGGUUGGUGACUUUAACGAGAUCUUAAAACUGGAGGAACACUCUCUUCAUGAAGUGCAUAGUGUGGUGAUGCCGGGUAUGAGAGAUUUUCAGGAGUUGGUGCAGUAUUGUUCUUUGGCUGAUAUGCCUUUUCAUGGACCGUUAUACACUUGGUGUAACAAACGCGACAAUGGUCUUAUCUGUAAAAAGCUUGAUAGAGUUCUAGUCAAUGCUGCAUGGACGACUGAGUACCAACAGUCAUAUAGUGUUUUUGAAGCUGGGGGAUGCUCAGAUCAUCUCCGGUGUCGAAUAAAGAUUGGAGCUGACACUAUUCGCCCACACAAACCCUUUAAAUUCACAAAUGCAGUAAUUCAUGACACAAGAUUUUUGCCUUUAGUUAAGGAGGUUUGGGGAGCCACUGAACCAUUAUAUCCUUCCACCUCUGCCCUGUACCGCUUCUCUAAGAAGUUGAAAGCGUUAAAGCCACAUUUAAAGCAGUUUAGUAAGGAUUCUCUUGGUGAUUUGGUUAAAAAGGCGAAAGAAGCUUACACGCAGUUAUGCAAAGCACAAAUGGCCACUUUGUAG